UUAGUUCAACAUGAAUGUAUUUUAUGUUUAACCACUCUAGACCUUACGAGUAACAGAAAGCGUACCUCGCUUUUAAUAAAAAUUGGAUUGGUUGAAAUGCUGGCAUGACAGCUGUUGCUAGUUACCCUGGUAAUAAUUAAAAAGAAAAAAGGAGUGGAUAGUUUCUGCAAACGGGGAUUUUUAUUAAGCUUUGAUGUGGGAAAAAGUAGAAACAGUGGUAGGGAACCUUAACAAACUUGCAGGAAGGGAUUAGGGAAGGAAUCAGAUUCGCUAACAUUGCCAAAAAGAAUCCAUGUAUUACUACUGCUUUGGUUUACUAGUGCUUUCUCCACACGUAUUCUUCUCCACCCUCUUCCUUUAUAUGUGCAUAUUGUCAAACUUUCUUUGCACAAUUCUUCAUGUAAUUUCAUCGACCUCAAGUUAGAAAGAACAAAGAUCGAUUGAUAGGCAGAGGAAGUAAGAAAAAUGGAAAAACAUUUCAAUCUGUUAAUGUUACCACUUUUACCAGUUGUUAUGUUUCUUUCAGGACCAAAGUUAUCCGAAUCUGCUAGAACUUUCACCAUUGUAAACAAUUGCAAAGAGACAGUCUGGCCUGCAGUGAUUCCUGCGGACAACUUCACUGCUGGUAGUUUUGUGCUAAAACCGGGCCAGUCAAUCCUGUUCACUGCCCCAGUUAGCUGGUCUGGCAGGAUAUGGGGUCGAACAGGCUGCAACUUUGACAAAAAUGGCAAUGGCUCGUGCCAGACCGGCUGUGGCAGCACCCACCAGUGUGGAGCCUCAGCAAAGCCCCCAGCAACACUCGCUGAAUUCACAUUGGCCAAGCAAGACUUUUAUGAUGUGAGCCUUGUUGACGGGUUCAACCUGCCGUUGGUUGUGACACCUCUAAAUGGUACGGGAAAUUGCAGUGUAUCUGGUUGUGACACGGACCUGAGACCGAAUUGCCCGAAAGAGCUAGCUGUCAAGGCAAAUGGGAAGAAUAUUGGAUGCAGAAGCGCGUGUGACGUGUUCAACACAGAUGAGUACUGCUGCCGAGGGCGUUAUGGCAAUGCUGCGGUGUGUAAACCCACAUAUUAUUCCAAGAAGUUCAAAGAAGCAUGCCCUACUGCCUACAGUUAUGCUUACGAUGAUCCGACCAGUAUCUUUACUUGCUCGGGCACAGAUUACGUCAUCGCUUUCUGCUCAACCAGGAAGCAACCGAUGUGCACAUAUCGCCACCACAAGAUUCCGUGUCCUAAUGUAUCUGGAUCAGUAGGUUUAAAGUCAUUGAGGAAGCAACCGAUGUGCACAUAUCGCCACCACAAGAUUCCGUGUCCAAAUGUAUCUGGAUCAGUAGGUUUAAAGUCAUUGAGAUGGUGGGCUGUGAUGCUUGGAUUGUUAACGAUGAUUAAUUUAUGGAUUAAUUUUUGAAAAAAUAGUAUUUUUCCUCUCCAAGUUUAGAGGUGUAUUUUACAUCCCUUUUGAACUUAGAAGCAGCACUUCAAAAGAAAAACUUUAUUUCAGAGUAUUUUCCAUGCACCAUGCUGGUUGGUUGUACAAGUGAAGUUGUUCAUUUUAUUCUUUUCUUUUCAAAGAGAAUAUAUUUGAAUGCAGUUUCUUUACACAAA